CCGAGCGCCGCACCCCCCGCGGGCCUGGGAGGGUCCCGGGCCCCCUGCACACCCAGGGAGGCCGUGUGGCCCCCUUAGUUGCUGUGUGGAGGCCCCGGCAGCGUGACGCCCACAGACGGCCUGGGCAGCCGUCCAGCCUGCAGGGACCUGCGCGCCAGCCCUUCCAGCCCACUUGGGCAGCCUUCCGUGCGAGUCUGGCCCUCGGCCCAGCUGCCCGUGGCCUAAGGCUGGAGCCCGUCCACAGUGCCCACCAGACCGCGGCCAGGAAAGGACCUGAGAGCCCCAGCGCGAGGAGCUCAGCAGCCGGCCUGGCCAUGAGCCUGGAGCUGCCUAAGGCUGAGGUCCGGUCGGCCACCAAGGUGAUCGGAGGGCCUGUCACCCCCAGGAAAGGGCCCCCCAAGUUUAAACAACGACAAGCCAGACAGUUCAAGAGCAAGCCCCCCAAGAAAGGCGUCCAAGGGUUUGGGGAUGACAUCCCUGGGAUGGAAGGCCUGGGCACAGACAUCACGGUCAUCUGUCCCUGGGAGGCCUUCAGCCACCUGGAGCUGCACGAGCUGGCGCAGUACGGCAUCAUCUAGCCCAGCCCCACCCACCCUGGGCUCUCGGACCCAGUUACCAGGACUUAGCACCUCCGGCAGGAUGUCCUCUGGGGCCAGCAGGGCCCUCCCUGACUGGGGAGACAUGCCCAGCUCCCCUCAGGCCUGUCCCGCAGUGGGGAGCUGAGCCCUCACCUCCUGUAGCUGGACAGCUUCUCAGAACUACCCUUCCCUGCGCUUGGCCCGAGGGCCAGCCCCUCCCAGCUGGCACCUGGCAGGUAUGGCGGGUGACCGGUCCGGGUGGCGGUGCCCCGGGGAUGCCCCUGGGGUCAGUCCUGUGGCAGGAAGCGCAUCCCUUCCCUUGAGCCCACGCUCGCUGCCGUCUGCAAAUAAAGUUAGCGCGUCCAGCUGGUUCCUGAGUGUGCUGUGGUCUCACCAAAAGUGGUGGCGGGAGGUGCCAGGCAGGGGCCUGGCCAGGCUGAGGGGGACGCUGUAGGGCUUUUGUGCUUCAGUCUCU